AUGGACCUAGUAAGCGAAGCAAAUUCUAUAUUUCCCAUUUUUCGUUUCUCCAAUUUAAGUUUCUUAUUACUUAAAGCAAUUCAAAUUAAUCUGGAAAAAUUUAAUGUUUUGGGUGAAGAUUCCUGGACACAAAAUAUGAAUGCACAAUUAAGUAAUAUCUUCACUUCAGAAACAAUUUUUGGACAAGACAGUAACGACAAAAGGUUUGUAGAUCUGUUGAAUUGGGAUCAAUUAAAAAUGGAAGAGAAAUUUCAACCAAUUUUUGAUUUUCAUCAAUUUGUUGAUGGCUUAAAAGAAGUUGAAUUAGGUGGUGCAAGGUGUGAGAAUAAGGGUAUUGGUCCAGCAUAUUCACCAAAAGCUUCACGUUCUGGUGUCAAUGUAUUAAUGCUUAAUCUUGUUACUUAUCCAUUUGUAACAAGUUCAAGCCCCGCUGUUAGAGGAGUUAUUACUGGAUUAACAUUCCUCUCUCUAAAAUGGCAAAAUAAAUUACUUAUAAUUAUGAAUAAUGAUUAUGAAGCAGGAGAAUAUUUACAAAAAUUUGGAGAUGAGAUUGGUACUACUAUCAGACGAUUGUGUCGAUGUGGAUGGCUCGAUCUUGUAGUUUUAAAGUAUUCAAUCAUGAUUAAUGGAUAUACAAGCUUGAAUCUUACUAAACUUGAUGUAUUGGAUCAGUUUCCAGAAUUGAAGGUUGUCACAACGUAUCAUUUAGAUGGAAAACCCUUGGAAAGUUUUCCAGAUUUGUAUUAA